AUGGGCAAGAAAUCAACCAGAUUCUUGGGCUUCACCACUCCUCCGCCCCUGUCCAGGCAUCCAUGGAUCUAUAUCAAUGAUCCGACAACCAACACUCCCCACGCCAACAGUCUCAAAGACAUGAUUGGCGACUGUAUCCUCUCCCGCCACGCCAGAAACAACAGCAACCCCCUCGCGCCCCAAGAGUCGGAAACUGAGCAGCUAGCAGUCUGUCUUGAUAUGCUCAAAGACGACACAUUCAGCGCCAGCCAGAACGUGUACCUCAUCACAGAACAUCUUGCAGACUCCAAGACCACUGACAAGCUUGAGACCGUUAAGAAGUUCCGGGAGCUGGCCAUCAAGGGCGGACGCAACUUCGCCAGCGUGAAUCUGUAUCUUCAGCAUGGUACACAGGAGAAGGAGCGAGCGAAAUGGGGACCAAAUCAUCUCGAGUUGGGUAUUACGAACUUGACAGUCAAGGAAGUCGCACAAAACAUCUAUCAAUGGCUAUUCACCGUUUUGUCCCCAACCGAGCAUGUUCACCUCAUCCCGAGCGCCAAACUCCUGGCAGUCGACAGGGAAGAUUUCGCAGACUACAAAUACAGCCCGAUUGCUGAGACCAAGAGCCAUCCAAAAAAUGCCAAGAUCCAGUUCGUGGUUGUCAUCGUCACGAAGCCCGUCGUCGUCCCGGAUACUCAGCGCUUGCAGUGGACUGUGGCUGAUAAGUCUGGCAUGGGCAACUUCUACUUCCAAUACCGCGGCGACACUUCGCAGUACACUUGGGACUGGGUCCUUGCCCUCAAGCCGGGAGACGUCAAGGCCCUGCCCCGCAUGCCGAUGGUCCAAGUCAAGGAAUCUCGCCACCUCCGCCUUGCCAAAUUCCCAUUCCGAACCGCGGGCUUCGCCAUCUCAGGGAUUGGCCUCGCUCUCAAAAAUGUAGGUCACGGUGUCGCCAAACUCGGCGAUAUCACUUCCAUGGGGAAGUCCUCGGAGUGGGUGCCUUCGGGCGACGUUGUCGUGCAGAAUGAUGGCCAGAUGAAGAAAAUCGAUUGGGCCGCCAAAUUCGAGAAGGAGACCAAGGACAGAAUGGCAAAGUUUGAGAAGACAGGGGGUUGGAACUGUGCAAAGCUCAAGGCCGCCAUGAAGAAGCAGACCACGCCGAAAGAAAAGGACAGUGAGAGCGUAGGCGACUCGAGCACAUUGAGGGGGAGCGAGCAUGAGAACGAGAAAGCCAUCGUGUCGGAGAAAGAAUUCUGCUAA